GGUAGUAUCUGUUUAUAACCUUACUUUUGAUAUAAACAUGGUACUGUACACAUAAAUAUAAAUUACGAAUAUUUAACAACUUCUCUCAGGUAUUUUCAAUGAAAUUGUAAAUUAAGCAUGUCUCCAGGAACAAGAUUAUUUGUUAGUAAUAUUCCCGAAAACACAAAUGAAGAUGAGUUACGAUGUGCAUUUUCUAAAUUUGGUAAAGUGAACAGUUUAGAUUUAAAGUGCAAAAGCUCUAUAGAAGAGAACAAAACUUUCGCUUUUAUAACUCUAAGUGCUUCAAACUACGAUAUUGAGUCAUGUAUAAAAUGUUUUACAUCUGAGGAGUUUAAGGGCAGCAGAUUGUAUGUAACUAGAGCUCGUGAAAGUUUUCUUGAAAGACUACAAAGAGAAAGGAAUGAAGCACAAAGAAAGGAAACAGAAAAGGAACAGCAGCAUGAGACUAUACCCAACCAAAAUCCAAUCAUUAAUUUGAGUGAAAAAUUGAAUCCAAGAAAGAGAAAAUUUGAAAGUCAUGUAGUCAACACAUACUCGGAUACAGAACAGCAGCAUGAGACUAUACCCAACCAAAAUCCAAUCAUUAAUUUGAGUGAAAAAUUGAAUCCAAGAAAGAGAAAAUUUGAAAGUCAUGUAGUCAACACAUACUCGGAUACAGAAAAGAAGCGGUUGGAAGCCAUGAAGCAGAAAAGGCAAGAGUUUAAGCAAAAACAAAUGAUAAUCAAAACUGGGCUUUCUGCAGUGGAUAAACUACCAAACAAAAAAGUGAAAUUUUCCGAUGAAGAUAGUUCUAUUUUGGUUAAUGAUUUUGAAGAUGGAAAAACGCAUGAAAAAAAGUUGGGACACCCACCUGAAAAUAAAAAUUUUUUGUUUGAUGAUGAAGACGAUGAUGAUGCUGAUGGUCAGGAGCAUAUCAACUUUGAAAUAAAAAAACAGUUUGAAGGAAAAAGAGGACAAAUGGUUCUGGAUCUACAAUCAAGAUACAAAUCAGAUAAACGUUUCACAUUAGAUGAGAGAUUUGUUGAUGACGAAACAAUUGGUGACAAAACUAAAGAUGAAGAAGUGGAAUUAUCACAAGUUGACGAGAAAACAAAGCAGUUGAACAUUUUACAAAAUGUCCUUGGUGUUACUCUUAAAAGUAUAGAACCUGAACAAGAUAGUCAGAAACCAAAGCCAAAAUUAGGAAUGUUGAGAUUUGAUCCUCUUCAACCAAGUCAUGCAAAAUUUUUAAUGCAGCAAGCCGAAGAUGUAAAAACUGAACCAGUGAAUAAAAAAAAAAAGAAAAAGGACAAGCUGAAUGAGAAUCAAAAUAAACAAGAACAUUUAGAACAAUCACAAGAGAACAAGAUAGAAGUGUCCAAGGAAACCUUCUAUAAAGUUAGCGAAACACUGAAAGAGACUAUUGCACAACCUAAAACAUUUAGCUUGAGAAGUUUGUUCACUAAAGAUGCAGAACAAGAUGAAGCACCUCAACAAGAAACAGAAUAUAUACCACUUGAUGUUCCAAAGAAGAAAAAAGGGAAUCCUUUAGACCCUGGAGAAAAGAAUCCAUUUAUUUAUGAUUCAUCAGAUUCGGAACACGAAGAAGAGGUGAACGAGAAGGAAACUGAGUCAUUGCCUGUGCCCACAGAAGCUAAAGCUGUUUGGAAAGAAAAUCUAUUCUUCACAAAGCAAGAUCAACGACUGCUAGAUGGUUUGAAAUUCUUUAAUACAACUGGAGACACAGAAGGUCAAAAAGAUAGAAGAGAGCUUAAAUCAUUGAUGAAGAGACGAAUUUACAACAAAGAGAGGAAAAAUCAAAUGUUCCACAAAAAAAUUGGUGGUAGAAGAAAAACUAUGAAGAAAUCCUAUAGGAAACAAAACUAGUUACCAAGUGUAACUCAAAUAAAAUUUACAAAUAAAGAAAGAUAAUUCUAAUUAA